AUGGCGUUCACUUGCCUUCCUUGCCAUGGACUGCAAAACAAUGCUUUCAUUUCUUUUAUCAGGCUUGCAUUUCAUACCCGUACAAUCAUUCUGGCUCGAGGCGGUGUUUGGGCAGCCUAUGAGUCUGGCACCACCGCUGCCACUGUGUUCCAUUCCCAAAUUUCUGGUGGGGGUCCAUCCGCAAGAAUUCCCUUACCUUUGGAAUUAGCAGAGAAUGAACCCAUAUACGUGAAUCCCAAACAAUAUCAUGGGAUACUUCGCAGAAGACAGUUACGUGCCAAGUUAGAGGCUCAGAACAAGCUAGUCAAAGCCCGAAAGCCUUACCUUCAUGAGUCUAGGCAUCUUCAUGCAAUGAAGAGGGCACGAGGUUCUGGUGGACGAUUCCUCAACACUAAGCAGCUCCAGCAGCAACAGCAGUCUCACACUGCCUCCACCAGGUCCACCACAAAUGGCACAAGCUCCUCAGGCUCAACUCAUCUACGGCUUGGUGGUGGCACAGCUGGAAAUCGAUCUAUGCCGGCAACCAAAACAAUGGCCUCACAUGACAGUAGCAAGAAGGCUGUUUCUUCAGCUCUUGCCUUCACUGUGACUCCAAUGUUGCGCAGAGAUGACGCCUUCUUGCAGCACCCAAGCCACCAUCUCAGUUUUUCUGGCCACUUCGGGCAGGCAAACGCGCAAGCUGGGAUGCAUAAUGGAAGUCAGCAUAGGGUUCCAGUUAUGAGAUGA